AUGAGUAGAACAGCCACAACAGCAACAACAACCUUCUUGAAAGAAAAAGACAUGAAUGUUGUUCAACAUAUUCCUAACGAACCUUCAUUAAUUAACUACGAAGAAGAGUGCGCACUCGGCGGAACAGGAGAGUCUUCUUCUCUCACUCCUUCCGACGAGUUAUUCUGUCCAAUUUCUCAUACAAUCAUGUGUGAGCCUGUGAUUGCAGCUGAUGGAAGAACCUAUGAGAAGGAAUUAAUUACACAAUGGCUUCGUGAACACAAUGGAACCUCUCCUUUCACAAGAGAAAAUAUUGGACUCAACACCAUUGAAAAUGUACAUAUUAAGAAUGAGAUUCAACGUUUCUUCUCAACAUUGAAGUCGUUAGAGAGCCAUUGCGUUUUUCAAUAUCACUUAUCGAAUGAUGUCUUUUUACCUUGCUCCUUGUUGGUCGAAUUUCAACAUGCUGUGAAUAAGAAUGAUCUAAAGACUGCCAAAAUGCUCUAUGAAAAUGACAUUAGGCUCUUACUCUACUCGCCAGAAAUGUUAAACGAUUUUGUCAACCACAACAUUUCCUCUCUUGUGAGACCAAACAAUUUUUCUUCCAAAUGCUUAAUAAGUUAUGUAUUGAAUGGAUAUGAAUUGUGUUGUAAAAUUGGAUCUCUUGAAAUGAUUGAGGAAAUGUACAAUUUUCUUACUAGAUCUUCGUUGAAUCGGCCUUUACCUCCUCUUGCUAAUGAAACAAAUAUUGAAAGAAGUUCAUUGAAUAAGGCAUUGUGGAUCGAGUGCAAGAAAGAAGUGCUCGAUUUGCACAUACUCUCCAAAUUGAUGCGAUUUGGAGCUCAACCUCACAAAUUGGAUGCAUCAGGACGAAGUAGCCUCUAUAUUUUCCUGACCUGUCACGAUAAUGUCGAGGCGUUUAAGAUUCUAUUUGAGGAACAUUGUGCAGUUCUCAUUCGAGAGAAGUGCCACCAAAAUGAAUACCUGUUGUACAGUGCUGCUAAAUUCAAUCGUUACAAUAUUGUUCGAUAUUUGAUGGAGAAUCAUGCAGACCUCAUUGACUUGUCUUUACAACAUGGACCAAAUAAUGAAAGUCCAUUGCAUGCAGUAGUGAGGAACUCAAACGAAGAGCUACUUUCUUUCUUCCUUUCUCAACGACAUGUUGGUGUUGAUUAUUUGGACAGUUCCAAUCGAUCUCCACUCAUGCUUUCAUGUAAACUUGGGUUCUAUGGAGUAACAAAGUUAUUGUAUGACAAGGGUGCACAACUGGAUUUGUGUGAUCAAGAUGGCGACACUGGACUUCAUUAUGCGGCUUCAAGAAAUUGGUCUCCAAUCAUUGAGCUUUUAAUUUGUAAUGGCGCUGACGUUAAUGCUCGCAACAAACGAGGUCUCACCCCCUACAACGUUGCUUCCUGUCAAACCACCAAAACUCUCAUUCAAGUUCUGACUGCGAAACAGUUGUCAUUCGCAUUUAAACGUGUUCGAAUCAUUGAAGAUGAAAAUACAUUUCUCAAAUCACAAUUACUCUCCAUGAUGGAACGUAUUGAAAAACUGGAACAACAACAACUACCACCACUCAACAACCAUAAAUAA